CGCGAAGCAGAUAGAGGAGAGAGAGGGGAGAGAGAGAGAGAGAGAGAGAAAAGUCCUAAUUUGAAGCUUGAGGGUUCGCAGAAAACCCUAGUUUUCAAUUCCUUUUGCAUUCUCUCUUGUUUCUCUCUUAGCGUCUGCGCCUUCACACUCUUCAUCACAAAACCUCUCUCCUUCGGGCUACGUUGCUGAUUUUCUCUACAACCCCUUUUCUUGAGUUAUAUACAAUCAUGGUGUUGUGGGUUUUUGGCUAUGGUUCUUUGGUAUGGAACCCAGGAUUUGAUUAUGAUGAGAAGGUGAUUGGCUUCAUCAAGGAUUACAAGCGUGUUUUUGAUCUUGCAUGCAUUGAUCACAGAGGUACACCAGAACACCCUGCAAGAACUUGCACAUUGGAACAAAGUGAAGGAGCCAUAUGCUGGGGUGCUGCUUUUUGUGUUCGUGGUGGCCCUGAGAAGGAGAGACUGGCUAUGGAGUAUUUGGAGCGGAGAGAGUGUGAGUAUGAUUGUAAGACUCUUGUAGAUUUCUACAAGGAAGGGAAUACCUCGGCUCCGGCUUUAACAGGAAUUAUAGUUUUUACUUCCACUCCUGACAAGGUAUCAAACAAGUACUACCUUGGCCCAGCCCCAUUAGAGGAUAUGGCCAGGCAAAUUGCAACUGCUGUGGGGCCAUGUGGGAAUAACAGAGACUAUCUUUUCUUGUUAGAGAAGGCCAUGUUUGAUAUUGGUCAUGAGGAUGACAUGGUGAUAGAACUGGCCAGUGAAGUGAGGAAGGUGCUGGGAAUGGUGGGAAAAGGAUCAGUCAAAGAGAAGAAAUUGGUAGGGCUUCCUCAUCUUCUACCAGCUCAUAUGUCGGCCAUUCAACUGCAUCUCCUCCCAGAAGUCAUUACCCUGGACUCCUAAUUACACAAAGCAAACAACUGAAGAGAAGGAUCAGAAGUAGAAGAAAAGAGAAAAAGAAAGCGGCUCUCUAACUGGACUUUUAUCCCUAUUCUUACACCUUUUUUUCUGAGUAGAGAACAAUAUUUUCUGUUGUUUGGCAGUCUUAAGUUACUAUUUAGAUUAGGUGUGUGGGGGUGUGAGACCCCAAAAGGAAAAAAUGUUUCUUUAAAUCAAGAGAAUUACUAACCUCACCAAUGAACUGUUUCAUGCUA